GCGCUGUUGUUCCUGUUACUCAGACAUGCGUGAUGGUUUAGCGAGUUUUUAAGCUAGAUAGCUUUUAGGUCUUAUUUAGGUGAAUUUAGUGUAGUUCUGUAAUAUUAUGGGUUUAUUAUAAACCGUUCCGCUGUUAUAUACCUCUUUUAGUAAUCCUCUAGUGAUUCUGUGGGGAAUCCAGUGAAAGUUAUGGCUAAUUUGUCCAACUAUGCCAUGCGCAUGGCACGCCUUAGUGCACGGAUCUUUGGAGAUGUGGUGAGGACCACGGAUUCCAAGUCCAUGAAGGUGGUGCAGCUGUUUAAGGAGCCUCCCAUGGCCCAGAGGAAGGAGGUCUACGACUGGUACCCCCAGCACAAGAUCUACUACUCUUUAACCCAGAAGCUCCGCUACAUGGGGCUCUUCAGAGACGAGCAUCAGGACUUCAAGGAGGAAAUGCGUCGGCUGAGGAAGCUGCGUGGGAAAGGAAAACCCAAGAAGGGAGAAGGAAAGAGAGCAUCCAAGAAGAAGUAGACAGGAAGAUGCUGUACACUGGGACCUGUCUGUGGGAACAUGCUUCUGGAGUACUAAUGAUUUACUUCUGCACGUGAACACGGAGAAUGGGACGUUCAUUCUGAACAUAGUGACUGGCACGGAGCUGUUAACAGCACUGAGGACAGAAUUCAAUUGCUUUUGAUGUGGGUGUUGAAAAAAUGUCAUCAGUAUCAUUGGAUUAAAUAUUCAGAUGUAUAUAAGAUCUGUCUGUCUGCCUGCCUUGGAGCAUUUGCUGGAAGAUUAGUUCUGAAGUUAAACUUUUCAUGCAUCUUGGCAUUUUCUCCUCCGCCAGUCUUACACACUGCUUUUGGACAACUUUAUGCCACUCCUGAUGCAAAAAGGUUUUCAAUUUGGCAAAAUAAAAUAAUAUCACAUUUAA